CUCAAUACGAGUCACUUUCUUCGUAGGUGUAGUGAAAGAGCUAACAGUGUUUGGUAGACGGUGAAAGCACCACGUGAAUCUAUACUAAUUAUUAUUUUUAACCUCACUAACCCAAAACGUAAAUAAAAUAGCGACGUUUUGUAAUUUAUUCAAAUUGGGAAAAGUGCAAGUGAUUAUGAUUUCGUGCUAAGUGGGAAAAUGGCUGCGAAUCAGAGGAAAAUCGUGCACGUGCUUUGGAUCUCUUGCCUCCUCCUCUUGCCAUCCGCGAAAGGACACAUAGCCGCAGUAAAAAAAAACCGAUUUCAAGUGACAAACACGACCCGAAACGGCAAAUUCCUCUUUAAUCAACUAGUGGGAUUAACAUCAUUCCUAACUGGAGGAAACGACUCCUCCGAGGACGACGACGACGAGGGCAAAACGCGAAACUGCACUUGCGAUUUUUUUGCAGAAUGUGGCCAAAGCAACCAAGAGAAUCGAAUCGUUGGGGGGCGUCCCACUGGAAUAAACCGCUACCCGUGGGUGGCCAGAAUCGUCUACGACGGCCAUUUCCACUGUGGGGCUUCACUCCUGACAGAGGACUACGUCCUGACAGCUGCACAUUGCGUCCGACGAUUAAAGCGGUCAAAAAUUCGGGUGAUUUUGGGCGAUCAUGAUCAGUCUACUACCGAGGACACUCCUGCCAAAAUGCGGGCUGUUUCUGCUGUCAUCAGGCAUAGGAAUUUUGACCAGGAGUCGUACAACCACGAUAUUGCGCUUCUUAAGUUGCGAAAACCGGUCGAGUUUACGAAAAACAUUCGCCCGAUUUGUUUACCUACAUCAGGGAAGGAUCCUGCGGGGAAAACCGGGACUGUGGUCGGCUGGGGCAGGACUACGGAAGGUGGAAUGUUACCAAAUGUCGUCCAAGAAGUACAAGUGCCAAUUUUAACACUGUCUCAGUGUCGAGCUAUGAAAUAUAGAGCGUCGAGAAUCACUUCUUAUAUGCUGUGUGCAGGGAGAGGUGCCAUGGAUUCUUGUCAAGGGGACAGUGGUGGGCCACUUUUAGUGCCAAAUGGGGACAAGUUCGAAAUUGUAGGAAUCGUGUCGUGGGGGGUGGGAUGCGGCCGCCCUGGAUACCCCGGGGUGUACACAAGAGUUUCAAAAUAUAUCAACUGGCUCAAAUAUAAUCUCGAGGAUACAUGUGUAUGUUCAUAGUGUAAAUAAAUUAUUUCUUUUU